UUUUCUACUUUCGAUUCAAAACGAGGCAACUUCCUUUUGCCAUCUGCUGGAUUGAAAAUGACAAAAGGUACAUCCAGUUUUGGUAAGCGGCAUAACAAGACACACACCCAGUGUCGUCGCUGUGGUCGUCGUGCCUACCACAUUCAGAAGAAAAGAUGUGCAUCUUGCAGCUAUCCCAGUUCAUCUAUGAGAUCAUAUAACUGGAGUGAGAAGGCAAAGCGAAGGAGGACCACUGGUACAGGAAGAAUGAGGCACAUGAAGAAUGUCUUCAGAAGGUUUAGGAAUGGUUUCCGGGAAGGAACUGCACCAAAACCAAGACGUGUUGGAGCUGCUGCCCCAGCAUCUACCGUAGCCACUAAAUAAAUUAAAUUUUCUGUACAGCCAAGAAAAAAAAUAAAAUAAAAAAAAAAUCA